AUGAGUGGACUGAGGCGUCCUGUUCUUCUGGGGCUGGCGCUGUUACUAUUGACAGUGGGACCUUGCCAAGGGAGGACUGAACCCCGAGAACUCAAGGACAGGCAAACUCUCUUAAACUUAAUCAUGGAGAUCAUCCAGGAACUUAAAAAAUACCAUUCGGGGGAGGACAACAGAUUGCAAUUUUUCAGCAAACAUGACUAUACUUUGGGCAGGAGAGAAGUCACUGACUAUGGAGUUUACCCUGAUGAACAAAGAGUUGAAAUUGUUCCCCGAGAUUUGAGGAUGAAAGACAAGUUUUUAAAACAUCUAACAGGUCCUCUAUAUUUUAGCCCCAAAUGCAGCAAACACUUUCACAGGCUUUAUCACAACACCAGAGACUGCACCAUUCCAGCAUACUAUAAAAGAUGUGCCAGGCUUCUUACUCGGUUGGCUGUGAGUCCAGUGUGCAUGGAAGGAUAAGGGGGCAGAGCCAUAAAGCAACAGAAUGCCAAGAACCAUGAGAAGUGCCUUGGAACCUAACAGGGAAAUCGAACUUCAUACCUUUAUAAACAUAUUCCAUUGUGAACAAGAGAUUUAUUUUUGCAGACUGACAGACUCUUCCAUAAUUCCUUCAACUUGUGUUUUGUAUAUUGUCAAUACUGUUAUACCCGCCAGUUCUACUUAAUACUUUCUUUUAAAAGAAUAAUGUUACCACUCCACUUUCUACAUGUAGUCCUCCUAAAUGCUGAAUAUAGGGUUCAGCCAGAAGAAUACCAUUUUCUUUACUGAUCUGGAAAUUUCAAAGAGCAUUCUUGUGAAGUAAGAAUUCACAAAAUAAUCUGUUAUAAUAGCAUAUGGAGAGGUUUCAUGAUAAUUUACCACUUUUCUAAUUUUCCUGGAGCCUAAUUUAAAAUUGCAUGAAAAACACAAAAGAAAACUGAAAAAAAAAAUCUUUUGGAGACAAGAGGAGUGUGAAUUUGUGUGUGGGGAUUCCACCUAAGCUAAUUUCUUUUUUUUUUUGUAUAAUAUCUGUAUAAAACAUUCCA